CACGAUUUGCUAAAGAAAAAGACGCCCGAUGAAAUCGCUGCGGAGCUCUUCACAAACGCGGGGGACGCAGUGGAGGGCGACAAAGCGUCAGCAGAUGGCGCAGGUUUCGAGUGGAAAAUCGACACAGAUAUGAAGCAGGAAGACGUCCAGAAGAAGGCUCUUUUCCUCCAGAGCCACGAGGGAAAAAGGCAGGCAGCCGUUGCCACGGAAGCGUUCUGGUGUUCUGCAAAUUGGCUCGAUUUAGAAGCUCACUAUUCUCGAACAACGUACCAAAUCUGCUGCAGCCAGUGCGGAACUCUAGUAGCCACGGCGAAGAAGCGAUUCCUCAGAGGCAAGGUCGCGCCGCCAGCGCUCUUCAUCAAUAUGGAUGUACCCGCAGGCACCACCGUCCGUAGUAGAGCCACGAACAACACGAAGACGAAACAGCAGCAGCAGCCCGCUCUGGUGAAGAAAGCGGGCGAGAAGAAUGUUGGGGGCAGGAAGGUUGUGGUGGAGAAGAGAACGACAAUCACGGUGAGUCGUAAUAACGGCACGCAGACCCACCUCUUCUGCCAGCCGGUAACCGAAGAAGUUGACCCUGGCGUCUUCCAAUGGAGAAACGUGGUGAACCAUGAUUGGUGCUUUUGUGGCAGAUGGAAUAAGGGAAAACUUUACGACGGGGCUGGACAUGGUGCAAAACUACAAGAAGAACCGUACUGGUGGUCAUGUGCUUUUAAAUUUGCAGAAUACUACGCGCGACACUUGACCAAAAAGUGCAAGUGUCCGCUACGGCCAGCGCUGCGGCCGCUGAGCAGACGUUACAAAGCAAUGGCGAAAAUUUUAAACUCGAGUAUGAGCGCCUCGUCUCUCGAUAUCGAUGGCGGCUCUGAAGAUGGAGCGACAGCAGCGUGA